AUGGAAACAUGCCCGGUACCCAUUCGUUGUCAUCAUGGAAGGCUUGUAGGUCAAUGUGGUAUUCUGCUCGAUGUUUCGACCGCAGAAUGCGAUGAAUGUCAUUGGAUAUCGCCUGCGCAUUGGGAAGCAUGUCCUGAUGGAGGUCACCCGCCUUGGGAUUGCAAUCCGCAUCGCCACCCUGGAGAUGAUGGAAGCGACCAUUCAUUGCACGGGCAUUUCUCCCGCGAAGCUUCACCGGAACAAGAUGUCUAUUCAUUCCACUCUGGAAGCGCGCCUGGCAGUCCUUCCAGCUCGGAAACCUCAGCGCAGUCGGUAGUCACAUCGCAAAGUUUUACCGAUUCGCAAGCUUCAUCGGAUUUGGACUGA